GCACGGAGCAUCAUGACACCGCGAUAGAAUCGUGAGAGCAUCACUGGCGACAUGGAAACAGGCCAAGAGGCGAAGGUGGGCGAGAAGCGACGUCCGGGACGUCCUCCCAAGACUGCGAGCGCGCCACCAGCCAAGAGACAACGAACGUCGAUAUCAACGCCGCCAACAAAUGCAGCCUCGGCCGCGCAUACUCCAGCGAUAGGCUCGCCUGUACCAGAGAAGAGAGUUGUGCGCUUGCCCGCCAAAAUCAACGAGAACAAGCCACUUCCGACUCUGCCAGAGCCACAGCCCCAGACUCUGUCCAAUGAAGAGUACCAGUCCAUCGCUGCGAGUGCCGUCCUCGCAACAUCGCUGGAGAAGUCGAGGUCAAGAUGGAUGUGCGACGGCAUACUGGAGCGAUAUUGGGUGAAGCCUGAGAAGGGCACUGGCAAGAAUGCCAAGCCCCCUCCUCCCAAUAAUCCAGAUCUGAAGACGAUGAAGAUGCGAGGAGAAUGUCGAAUACGCAUCGAGCCGCACUUGUUCGUUGCGAACUUCUAUACCGUGGAGAAUAAUGCGUUGCCUCCGAAGAAUAAGCAGCCGGUUGCCAGCCAGCCACGACAGCAGCAACCUAUCCAGCAAUUCCAGGCUCGCCCUCCACUGAGCAGCGCAUCCUACCAAGGACAUCGGCUGGGGCCUCUUCCGCCUGUGCAAAGCUCUAGUCGACUCCCACCUGCGCCUCAGCCGGGACCGUCAAGAGCUCAAGCUUCUCCUGCACCUGGGCUGUCUGGUCAAAAGGCCUCGCCCGACCCGGUAAUCAGCAUGCUGGCGACUCGAGCUUCUUCCGACCCAGAGCUCAAGUCCCUUAUGAAGGAGGUUGCCACUGGAAAUGCCAAUCAAGACCAGUUGAAGAUUUUUCAAAAGCACAUAGACGAGCUCACCACGAUCAUAGCGCAUCAAAAGAAGACACAAGAGGAAGCGCCCUUCAAGCCUCAGCAGCAGUCGAAUAUGAUCCAAUACGAUGGGCCAUCUGAUUCUAGACCUGUGCAUACUCCACAGCCAAUACAGCCUCAUCCGCAGCACGCCGGACCACAAGCACGUCCACAAAGUUUUGUUGCGCAGCCUCAAAGCACCCCUCCGUAUGGCCAGCAACAGCCAUGGACAGCGCCGGCUGCAGCACCCGUAGCGACGAACUCGCCCGUAAUACUCGAAUUCACGGGCUCUGGCGCAACCGAGGACAGAUUCCUCUUUCCCGAAUACAGUAUCCUCGAAGCACUCUCCCCGCAACAUCUACUCGUGAGUUUUAUCUUGACCCGCAAAGGGCGCGACGCUGUAGACCCCACAGGACUUGAACCAGACCAGGAGUAUUGGCAACCCAUCACGAUGAUGAUAGAAGUUGCAUAUGGGCGCGAGGAGCUGCUUAACUGUAUUCGGCGAUGGGUCAAGCCAGCGGAUGACGUUCGUAAGAACAUGCAAGAAACUAUGGAGCGGUGUCAACGGGUCUCCAACGCGUAUCUAGCCCUACGGCUUCCUUUCAAGGGCUCCACGACCACCGACAGCGAGAACGUGUCGAAAGAUGUAACACCGAUCGUUGAGGAGAAAGUCAAGCCGAAGCCUGCGCCGAAGAGAAAGGCGCCAGUGGCCUCGACUCCAAAAUCUGUGGAAGCUGAGAAGGCGCAGAAGGAGGCAGUACCACCGUCUGACAAUGCAAAAUUGGCUGCGACACCGCGCCCAGCCGAAGCGUCUUCCGCGGCAGAGAGCAAGGACGCCAUUUCCACGCCGACAGGAUUUGUCGCUGCGGAAACUCCGACGGCAGUAGAGGGCGGCCGUCCAAAGAGGGCUGUGCGGAAAAGCGUCAGGAUCAGCGAGGGUUAG